AAAGGAAAAGGAAAGCAAGAGAAAUGGCGAUCUAACGUUGAAGAUAAUAACAAAACAAAUUUGUGUCUCAUAUCUUUUUUAUUAUCCUCUCAUGGCGGAUAACACAAGAAUUGUCCAGAGGCUCUUCAUCUUCUUCUUCUUCACUUCUACUUCUACUCCUCUCUAACAUUUUCCUCUUUUUUUUUUUGUCCUUGGCUUAUUUAGCUAUGGCUACUAUGGCCUCUGCUUCUGGUUCUGCUCUUUGUUUCACUGAUGCUUCUAGCUCUCGAGCUAUAAGACGCGAUUGUGGAGCUCUCUGCUUUGCUCCUAGAACCAUUACGUUUGCUUUCGUUGAUAAAUCUCUUGUCAAUCUCGAGCGAUUAAGAUUAUCCAAUUUGAAGCCUCGAGCAUCAAAUGCUACUGCUGUGGAGAAUGGAAAGCAAGAUGGAAGUGCCGCUGAUUCUGAUAAAGUUCCAACUCCAGUUGUCAUUAUCGACCAAGAUUCUGACCCUGAUGCUACCGUUGUUGAAGUUACUUUUGGAGACCGUCUUGGUGCUCUACUUGACACUAUGAAUGCGCUCAAGAACUUGGGCUUGAAUGUCGUCAAGGCUAAUGUUUACCUCGACUCUUCCGGCAAGCACAACAAAUUUUCCAUUACUAAAGCGGAUAGUGGAAGAAAAGUAGAGGACCCUGAAUUGCUCGAGGCCAUUCGUCUCACAGUCAUAAACAAUUUGCUUGAGUUUCAUCCUGAAUCUAGUUCUCAGUUGGCAAUGGGAGCAGCUUUUGGUGUUCUUCCUCCAAGUGAACCGAUCGAUGUGGACAUAGCAACACAUAUAAACAUCGAAGAUGAUGGAACAGACCGCAGUUUACUCUACAUAGAAACAGCGGAUAGACCUGGACUAUUAGUUGAGCUGGUGAAGAUCAUUUCAGAUAUCAGUGUCGCUGUCGAAUCUGGAGAAUUCGAUACCGAGGGUUUAUUGGCUAAGGUUAAGUUUCACGUAAGCUACAGGAACAAAGCCCUAAUUAAGCCUCUGCAGCAGGUUCUUGCUAAUAGUCUGAGGUACUUCUUGAGGCGUCCGUCAACUGACGAGUCAAGUUUCUGAUAGUGCCAUUCUUAAAAUUCUGAAAAUCUCAUUCCUCGUGACUACGUUUUACCACUUUUUGUUCUUUCACAUUUGACCAAAAUAAACUACUACAUUUUAAAGUGGACAUCUCAUACACCUGUAAUAAUAACAUUUCUCCAUUAUUCAUCAAAUUUACCUUCA